UGUUGCCAUCAUGAGUCAUCAUAAGCAAUCUCGUGGUUGCCAUCAACAAAUUACUGGAAUCACAACCCACACUGAAAUCAGGGAAAUCUCCGGUUCUGGCUCAAGAACAUUUUCCUUCGGUACUCAACCAGGAAUGGCCAGCAUGGGGGGCUCAUUCUCCAUGAUGUCUUCAGCAGAGAUUACUAAUCCAAUAAUCAAGCCUGCACUUCCCUAUGUGGGUGCAAUCCAAGGAGGAAUCAAACCUGGGAUGGGUGUAUUCUUUCAAGGGGCUGUUCCUGCAGAAGCUAAAAGCUUUACAAUACAUUUCCAAACGGGUCAGGCUGAUGGUAGUGACAUCACUUUUCACUUCAACCCCCGCAUUGGUGAAAAAGUAUACCUUAACAGCUUCAGAAAUGGUAGCUGGGAGCCGGAGGAAACUGUCGAGAACAAUCCUUUCACCAAAGGAGCAGGAUUCAUAAUGAUUUUUGCUAUCAGCUCAGAGGGUUAUGAGGUUUUUGUGAAUAAUGUAAAGCUCUGCAUGUUCAAGCACCGCUUUCCUGUAGAGAAAGUGUCCACACUUGGCAUUCGUGGAGAUGUUUCCUUCUCCAUCUGUGGUUUAAUUAAUGACUGGAAGAGUUCUUCCUUCUUCAAAACACAAAAGGCAGUACAAGUAACAGAGACCACAGUUUCAAGCGUAAAACCCAUGAGGUUAGAGAUUACCAACCCAAUCAGAAGCCCUGCUCUUCCCUAUAUGGGUCUAAUCCCUGGAGGAAUUAAACCCCAAAUGGCUGUUUUCUUUCAAGGGACUGUUCCAGCAAAUGCCAAAAGCUUUGCAAUAAAUUUCCAAAAGGGUCAGGCUGCUGGUGCUGACAUUGCUUUUCAAUUCAACUCCCGCAUUGGUGAUAAUAUAUACCUCAACAGCUUCAGAAAUGGAAGCUGGGAGAAAGAGGAAACUGUCUCAGACAAUCCUUUCACCAGUGGAUCACCUCUCAUUAUGUUUAUUGUCAUUAAGCCAGAAGGUUAUGAGAUCUUUGCAAACGGGAGGAGACCUUUCAUGUUCAAGCAUCGCAUUCCUGUGGAGAAGGUUUCCACACUUGCUAUAAGUGGAGAUGUUUCCCUGUCCGUCUGCGGUUUUAUUAAUACCUGGGAUUCUUCAUGCCUCACAGAAGUAAUGAAGAUGACAGGAAUAACAGGGAGCUGGGGUUCCUACACUGAAGAAAAGAAAAUCACAAUCACAUGGAGUUCAAUAUCAAGCAUGAUCCCUGUUAUGUUUGAGGUUUCAAACCCAAUCAGCAACCCUGUACUUCCCUAUGUGAAUAAAAUUUCUGGAGGGAUAAAACAUAACAUGGCUGUAUUCUUCCAGGGUAUUCUUCCUGCAGAUGCCACAGCAUUUUCAAUUAAUUUUAAGACAGGUUCAUCUGAUGCUGAUGACACUGCUUUUCACUACAACCCCCACAUUGGUGAAAAAGUAUACCUCAACAGCUUCAGAAGUGGAAACUGGGGGAAAGAGGAAACUGUCUCUGACAAUCCCUUCACCAAAGGAACAGCCUUCAUCUUGUUUGUUGUUAUCAACCCAGAUGGUUACGAGGUUUAUGUGAAUGGCUUGAGACACUGCAUGUUCAAGCAUCGCAUACCUAUAGAAAAAGUUACCACACUUGCCUUUAAUGGGACUGUUUCAUUCUCCAUAUGUGGUUUUCUAAAUAACUGGAGUAGUUCCCCCUGCUUUAAGGAAGUGAAAAAAAUCACAGAAACAGGAGGCUCUGCCUUGAGUUUGACACCCAUCAUGACAGAACUUUCACAUCCAGUUAGCAGACCUGCUCUCCCCUAUGUGGGUAAAAUCCCUAUAGGUGUAAAGCAAUAUAUUGCCAUAUUCUUUCAAGGGACUAUUCCUGCAGAUGCCAAAGGCUUUGAAAUCAAUUUCUGUACGGGUCCGUCUCCUGGUGACGACAUUGCUUUUCACUUCAAUCCCCGUAUUGGUCAGGUUACGGCCCUGAACAGCUUUAAAAAUGGUCAAUGGGAGACUGAGGAAUCUGCACCUGACAAACCCUUCACUGCUGGAGCUCCGUUUUAUAUGGUUGUUGUCAUCACAUCAAAUGGCUAUGAGGUCUAUGUGAACGACCAAAGACACUCCACAUUCAACCACCGCAUUCCUUUUGAGAAAGUGUCUACACUUAAUUUGACUGGAGAUAUUUCCUUUUACGUUAUUGGUUUCAUCGAAAUGUCUUAUAAGAGAUUAGAAAGCUACCUAAUUGGUCUACCUGUCUCAGACAGAUGCUAUAAAAGCAAUGACUCUGUGUAG